AUGUCUUUCUUGCGUUCAAUUCUUUUGAAUAGGUCAUCAUUUCAUCUUCCAUCAUCCGAAAUUUCGAUAAGCAAGAUAGCGUUUGCUACAUUAAUAUUUCGCCAAUACUCUCAAAAUAAGCAAAAAUCUAUACCACCACCUAGAGGUUCUAUUACCACACACAAAGAAUUUCUAGAAAAAAUCGGUCGUGAUUGUGGUUCUUUAGCUGAUAAAUUUCGGGAUUGGGACCAUCUAUUCACCGCUUCGUCGGGAGAAAUGAAAGAUGUUUUGGAAUUACCUACUAGACAACGACGAUGGAUUCUUGCGUGGACACAACAUUAUAGAGACGGUUUAGAUCCUUAUAAUAUUCCAAUUC